UGAAAUCAGAGCGAUUCUUCGGCUGUGUUGGUGGGCGGAUUUGUGCAGAUUACAGUCAAUAAAGUGCUCUCUGCACAAAACUCUCUCCCUAAUCCUUAGCCGUCGCUGGCGUGGAAGAGGUCGUCGGUGUUUUAUCACUUCUGGGACUCAACAAGAGGAUGGCAGAAGAUCCCAUGUCAUGUGACUGUUUUGUUUCAUUGCCGCCUGGCUCUCUUGAUGACCAUGUCAUUUUUGGGAAGAACUCUGACCGUCCCCGGGAUGAGGUGCAGGAGGUAGUACAUUAUCUCCCAACAUCUCACCCUCCCGGCAGCAUACUGGAGUGUACGUACAUACAGAUCCCUCAAGUGGAGCAGACUCAUGCUGUCAUUCUGAGUAAACCAGCUUGGAUGUGGGGAGCUGAAAUGGGAGCCAACGAUCAGGGAGUUUGUAUCGGGAAUGAGGCAGUCUGGACUCGGGAGGCUGUUGCUCCUGAAGAGGCUUUGCUGGGCAUGGAUCUUGUGAGGUUGGGCCUGGAGCGUGGUGACAGUGCACGGGCGGCGCUCACCGUCAUCACUGGCCUCCUGGAGCAGCACGGACAAGGAGGUCAAUGCAGGGAGGAUCCAGAACCUUUUUGCUACCAUAACACUUUCCUUCUGGUGGACCGUAAUGAGGCCUGGAUUCUGGAAACAGCUGGAAGACUGUGGGCGGCACAGAAGAUCUCAGAGGGUGUGACAAACAUCUCCAACCAGUUGACCAUCGGCACCGACAUUUCUGCAGAGCAUCCUGAGCUGCGGAGUGUGGCCCAGGCUCAGGGCUGGUGGGAUGGUGUAGGAGAGUUUAACUUUUCACAAGUGUUCAGCCCGGAGACGCAACCUGUCAGGAUGGAGCUUGCCAAAAAGCGCUAUAAGGGGGGUGCAGAACUGCUCCAGCAACAUGACGGUUCCAUGACAGCAGAAGUGAUGAUGUCUAUUCUAAGGGACAAGCCCAGUGGCAUCUGCAUGGACUCUGGCGGUUUUUGCACCACAGGCAGUAUGGUGUCGAUAUUGCCCAGAAACACCAACCUGCCCUGUAUCCAUUUCUUCACUGCUACUCCAGACCCCUCUCGGUCCAUAUUCAAACCUUAUAUCUUCUCUAAGGAUGACACACCUGUGCUCAGUGUGGUCUCCCCAUACUUUGGUCCUGAUGAUCCUGUUAGGAAGUACCCGCGCUUUCAGGGACAGGUGGACCGCAGACAUGACCUUUACAAGGCUCACCAGGAGGCACUUAACACCAUGAAGACUGACCCGGACAAGGGCGUGGCCAUAUAUGAGAUUCUGAGGGACCUCGAGUCGCAGUGUCUGAGUGAAAUUUCCGCCAUGUUGAGUGGAGAGAUACCAGGCGAUGAACUAGGAAACUUGUUUUUUGAUUGUGUGGACACGGAGCUCAAAUUCUAUCAAUGACAGGUGGGAAGACGAUUGAUUUUGAUCCUAAAUGAUCUAUCACAGUCUGAAAACUUGGCCUGGUUCAACAACUUUUCUUAUAGUGCAUAGAUAUGACAAUCUAACCAAUUAACUGUGAACAUUAAGUUAGGAGCAACACUUUUCCCCAUCCUGUUGGAACAGCCAGUCAGGUUAAAGGUCACACUGUUUGUGGUGUCAGUGGCUUAUUCUCUGCAUGUACAUACAUGAAGCUGUCAUGUAUGAUGAGCAACUGUUUUAGCUUACAGUGGCCUCAACUGUUCAUUCCCAGCAAAUGGAGACUGGCAGGAGAGGCCACAGUGGGCUUUUUGGAAUGUUUAUCCUCCAACUUGCCACUGCCUCACCACACACAUUGGUUGAUACCAUUAUAUCAAUAAUUAAGAUUAAAUAUUUAAAGUGUGUCUGUAAUUAAUAAUGGUGUAGAUGGCACGUGCAAUAAUGUCGCAGUGGCUUUGCACUUCAGCAUUGUAUAGAGUAUGGCUACAUGAACAAUGUGAAAUAAAUACUGUUUAGAACGAGA